AUGGAACCGGGGGGCCGGGCCCGCAUUGGUCCCCCGCAGCCGGCGGCCCCGGGGCCGUGGAAAGCUCGGCCGGCGGGCGGCGGUGGCGGCGGCGCCUCCUUCUGGCUGCUGGACGGGAACAGCUGGCUGCUGUGCUAUGGCUUCCUCUACCUGGCGCUCUACGCGCAGGUGUCCCAGUCCAAGCUCUGCGAGAGGACCGGCUCCUGCUUCUCGGGCCGCUGUGUCAACUCCACCUGCCUCUGCGACCCGGGCUGGGUGGGGGACCAGUGCCAGCACUGCCAGGGCAGGUUCAAGUUAACAGAACCUUCUGGAUAUUUAACAGAUGGUCCAAUUAACUAUAAGUAUAAAACUAAAUGUACAUGGCUAAUUGAAGGCUAUCCAAAUGCAGUGUUAAGAUUAAGAUUCAAUCAUUUUGCUACAGAAUGUAGCUGGGAUCAUAUGUAUGUUUAUGAUGGAGAUUCAAUAUAUGCACCUUUAAUAGCUGUACUUAGUGGUUUGAUAGUCCCUGAAAUAAGGGGAAACGAAACUGUGCCUGAAGUUGUUACAACGUCUGGCUAUGCACUGUUACACUUUUUUAGUGAUGCUGCAUAUAAUCUAACUGGCUUCAACAUUUUUUACUCAAUCAAUUCUUGUCCUAACAAUUGCUCUGGUCAUGGGAAGUGUACAACUAGUGUCUCUGUUCCAAGUAGAGUAUAUUGUGAGUGUGAUAAAUACUGGAAGGGUGAAGCUUGUGACAUUCCUUACUGUAAAGCCAAUUGCGGCAGUCCAGAUCAUGGUUACUGUGACCUAACAGGUGAAAAGCUGUGCGUCUGCAAUGAUAGUUGGCAAGGUCCUGAUUGUUCUUUGAAUGUUCCUUCCACUGAGUCUUACUGGAUUCUGCCAAAUGUUAAACCCUUCAGUCCUUCUGUAGGUCGGGCUUCCCAUAAAGCUGUUUUACAUGGGAAAUUUAUGUGGGUGAUUGGUGGAUAUACUUUUAACUACAGUUCUUUUCAAAUGGUCCUGAAUUACAAUUUAGAAAGCAGUAUAUGGAAUGUAGGAACUGUAUCAAGGGGACCUCUCCAGAGAUAUGGGCAUUCUCUUGCUUUAUAUCAGGAAAACAUCUUUAUGUAUGGAGGCAGAAUUGAAACAAGUGAUGGCAAUGUCACAGAUGAAUUAUGGGUUUUUAACAUACAUAGUCAGUCAUGGAGUACAAAAACUCCUACUGUGCUUGGACAUGGUCAGCAGUAUGCUGUGGAGGGACAUUCAGCACAUAUUAUGGAGUUGGAUAGUAGAGAUGUUGUCAUGAUCAUAAUAUUUGGAUAUUCUGCAAUAUAUGGUUAUACAAGCAGCAUACAGGAAUACCAUAUCUCAUCAAACACUUGGCUUGUUCCGGAAACUAAAGGAGCUAUUGUUCAAGGUGGAUAUGGCCAUACCAGUGUGUAUGAUGAAAUAACAAAGUCCAUUUAUGUUCAUGGAGGCUAUAAAGCAUUACCAGGCAACAAAUAUGGAUUGGUAGAUGACCUUUAUAAGUAUGAAGUUAACACUAAGACUUGGACUAUUUUGAAAGAAAGUGGGUUUGCCAGAUACCUUCAUUCAGCUGUUCUUAUCAAUGGAGCUAUGCUUAUUUUUGGAGGAAAUACCCAUAAUGACACUUCCUUGAGUAACGGUGCAAAAUGUUUUUCUGCCGAUUUCCUGGCAUAUGACAUAGCUUGUGAUGAAUGGAAAAUAUUACCGAAACCAAACCUUCAUAGAGAUGUCAACAGAUUUGGACACUCUGCAGUUGUCAUUAAUGGGUCCAUGUAUAUAUUUGGAGGAUUUUCUAGUGUACUCCUUAAUGAUAUACUUGUAUACAAGCCUCCAAAUUGCAAGGCUUUCAGAGAUGAAGAACUUUGUAAAAAUGCUGGUCCAGGGAUAAAAUGUAUUUGGAAUAAAAAUCACUGUGAAUCUUGGGAGUCUGGGAAUACUAAUAAUAUUCUUAGAGCAAAGUGCCCUCUGAAAACAGCUGCUUCUGAUGACAGAUGUUACAGAUAUGCAGAUUGUGCCAGCUGUACUGCCAAUACAAAUGGGUGCCAGUGGUGCGAUGACAAGAAAUGCAUUUCAUCAAACAGUAACUGCAGUAUGUCUGUGAAAAACUAUACCAAAUGUCAUGUGAGAAAUGAGCAGAUUUGUAACAAACUUACCAGCUGUAAAAGCUGUUCACUAAACCUGAAUUGCCAGUGGGAUCAGAGACAACAGGAGUGCCAGGCUUUACCAGCUCAUCUUUGUGGAGAAGGAUGGAAUCAUAUCGGGGAUGCUUGUCUUAGAAUUAAUUCCAGUAGAGAAAACUAUGACAAUGCAAAACUUUAUUGCUAUAAUCUUAGUGGAAAUCUUGCUUCAUUAACAACCUCGAAAGAAGUAGAAUUUGUACUGGAUGAAAUACAGAAGUAUACGCAACAGAAAGUAUCACCUUGGGUAGGCUUACGCAAGAUCAAUAUAUCCUACUGGGGAUGGGAAGACAUGUCACCAUUUACAAACACAACACUACAGUGGCUUCCUGGUGAACCCAAUGAUUCUGGGUUCUGUGCGUAUCUAGAAAGGGCAGCCGUGGCAGGCUUAAAAGCUAACCCUUGUACCUCUAUGGCAGAUGGUCUUGUCUGUGAAAAACCUGUUGUUAGUCCAAAUCAAAAUGCAAGGCCUUGCAAAAAGCCAUGCUCUUUAAGGACGUCAUGUUCCAACUGUACCAGCAACGGAAUGGAGUGUAUGUGGUGCAGCAGCACGAAGCGAUGCGUUGACUCGAAUGCCUACAUAAUCUCUUUUCCAUAUGGACAGUGUCUGGAGUGGCAGACUGCCACCUGCUCUCCUCAAAACUGUUCUGGAUUGAGAACCUGUGGACAAUGUUUGGAGCAGCCUGGUUGUGGCUGGUGCAACGAUCCUAGUAAUACAGGAAGAGGACACUGCAUUGAAGGGUCUUCCCGGGGACCAAUGAAGCUUGUUGGAAUGCAAAAUAAUGAGAUGGUUCUUGACACCAGUGUUUGUCCUAAAGAGAAGAACUAUGAGUGGUCCUUUAUCCAGUGUCCAGCUUGCCAGUGUAAUGGACAUAGCACUUGCAUCAAUAAUAACGUGUGCGAACAGUGUAAAAAUCUUACCACAGGAAAGCAGUGUCAAGACUGCAUGCCAGGUUAUUAUGGAGAUCCAACCAACGGAGGACAGUGUACAGCUUGUACAUGCAGUGGACAUGCAAAUAUUUGUCACAUGCACACAGGAAAAUGUUUCUGCACAACUAAAGGAAUAAAAGGUGAUCAAUGCCAAUUAUGUGACUCUGAAAAUCGCUAUGUUGGUAAUCCACUUAGAGGAACAUGUUAUUACAGCCUUUUGAUUGAUUAUCAGUUUACAUUCAGCUUAUUACAGGAAGAUGAUCGCCAUCAUACUGCCAUAAACUUCAUAGCAAACCCAGAACAGUCAAACAAAAAUUUGGAUAUUUCAAUUAAUGCAUCAAACAACUUUAAUCUCAACAUUACAUGGUCAGUUGGUUCAACAGCUGGAACAAUAUCUGGGGAGGAGACUCCUAUAGUUUCCAAGACUAAUAUAAAAGAAUACAGAGAUAGUUUUUCCUAUGAAAAAUUUAACUUUAGAAGCAAUCCAAACAUUACUUUCUAUGUGUACGUCAGCAACUUUUCAUGGCCCAUUAAAAUACAGAUUGCAUUCUCACAACACAAUACAAUCAUGGAUCUUGUGCAGUUUUUUGUCACCUUCUUCAGUUGUUUUUUAUCCUUAUUACUGGUGGCCGCUGUGGUGUGGAAGAUCAAACAAACAUGUUGGGCUUCUCGACGGAGAGAGCAACUGCUUCGAGAACGACAGCAGAUGGCCAGCCGUCCCUUUGCUUCUGUUGAUGUAGCCCUGGAAGUGGGAGCUGAACAAACAGACUUUCUGCGAGGGUCAUUAGAGGGAGCACCCAAACCAAUAGCCAUUGAACCAUGUGCUGGGAACAGAGCGGCGGUUCUGACUGUGUUUCUCUGUCUACCACGAGGAUCAUCAGGUGCCCCUCCCCCAGGGCAGUCAGGCCUUGCAAUUGCCAGUGCCCUAAUAGAUAUUUCACAACAGAAGCCUUCAGAUAGUAAAGACAAGACUUCAGGAGUCCGAAAUCGAAAACACCACCUCUCAACACGUCAAGGAACGUGUGUCUGA